GAAAUGCAGAAAAACAUAUAAAGAGAGACAGAAACCCGUCUCUCCUUACCCAAUUCGUAUUCCUUCUAUCCACGCCCCUUUCUUCGGGUCCUUCAUCUUUUGCUUCCUGAGCUUUCUCUCUCUCUCUCUCGAUCACCCCAAUGGCGGAUCACCAGCGCGUCCACCCCGCCGGCGACCCCGAGGCCCCGCAGGCCCCGACCGCUCCCCUCGUGCCCCCCGAUGCCUCCAAGUCCGACAACGGCGACCCCGCCCCGCGGGACAAUGGCUACUACCCGCCGCCGCCGGUGCAGCGGACGAUCCCCGUCGUCCACUCCCGCCCCCCGAAGCGCCGCCGGAGCUGCUGCUGCAAGUGCUUCUGCUGGACCUUCUCCUUCCUCGCCCUCCUCAUCGUCGCCAUCGCCAUCACCGCCGGGAUCCUAUUCCUCGUCUUCCGGCCAAAGCUGCCCAAGUACUCCGUCGACGCUCUCCAGAUCACGCAGUUCGCCCCCGCCAACAACGGCAGCCUCAGCGCGAGCUUCAACGUGAAUAUCACUGCGCGGAACCCGAACAAGAAGAUCGGCAUAUACUACGAGGGCGGGAGCCGGAUCACGGUGCUGUACGACGGGGAGCAGCUGUGCCAGGGCGCGCUGCCCAAGUUCUACCAGGGCCACCGGAACACGACCGUGCUGGUGGUGCCGCUGUCCGGGCAGACGCAGAACGCGACGGGGCUGCUGUCCCAGCUGCAGGCGGAGCAGCAGGCGACGGGGUCGAUCCCGCUGAACCUGAGGGUGAGGCAGCCGGUGAGGGUGAAGCUCGGGAAGCUGAAGCUGUUCAAGGUCAAGUUCUCGGUCCGGUGUCAGUUGAAGGUGAACAACUUGUCCGAGGACAGUAGUAUCCGGAUCACGAGCAGUAGCUGCAAGUUCCGGCUUCGGCUGUGAAUCUUUUCGCUCUGCACUUUUUGUCCAUUCUUUUCUCGAUUAUUUUUCUUCGUCUUCAAUAAGGGGGUUGUUAUUUUCCGAUCGCCUCCCCCCGGAUGGUAUAGGUACGUAGCCGUAUACACACACAGACCGAUUGAUUAUACGGUAUUAUACAUGUAGGACCGGCCAUUCAUACUAUUAUAUACAUCAGAUGUUCCCUUUUCUUAUC